AAUCUAUAUUUUUUAUCUAUGAUUUCAUUUGCACUGUUUUAUUACUCUUUGGUAAUGUUCUUAAAAAAGCUGGGGUGGUAGCGUUAUCAAUUUACCACAAUUUAACAUUAAAAGUUAGAAAUUACUCAAUUAAACACCAUGGGCCGAUCCAGAUCUAGAAGUAAAACACCAAGGCGACAUCAUAAAAGCAGUAAACAUUCACGUAAGAAAAGUCGGUCUAAAGAUCGUUCUUCAUCCAGAAGCAGGAAUUCAAAACAUGUUGAAAAAUCUAAGGAAAGAAGCUCCAAAUCCAGAAAACGGUCACGCUCAGCUUCAACAUCUAGUACAAGCGAUACUUCAUAUGAUGGCAGCAGAAGAAAGAAAUCAAAGGGACGUAGCAAAAUGGAUGAAGUCGAUCGGCUAGCUGAAAUGGAAAGGCAAAGACGUGUUAAAGAAGCUGAACAAAAGGAACCCCUGCCAGGCACAAGAUCUGCUACUACGCCCUCUAAAAUACUAAAGGUGGUUGAAGAAGAAGCCGCAAAAAGAAUAGAGUUACUUGUUAAGAAAAGAGUUGAAGAAGAAUUAGAAAAACGGAAAGAAGAAAUCGAACAGGAGGUGGCGAAAAGAGUGGAGGAAGCUAAACGCAAGAUGGAAACGGAAAUGAUGCAAGAGCUUGAGAGACAGAGAGAACAGCAGCGGCGCGAGGAGCUCGCCAGACAGGAGGAAGAAGCUCGUAAAAGGAAAGAGCUGGAGGAUAUCAUGGCUGAAAAUAACAAAAAAAUUGAAGAGGCACAACGAAAGUUGGCGGAAGAAAGGUUAGCAAUGAUAGAGGAGCAAAGAAAAAUGGACGAAGAGAGACAGAAGUUGAAAAAAGAACAAGAAAAGAGAGUAAAAGAGGAACAAAAGAAGAUAUUGGGCAAAAAUAAUUCAAGACCUAAAUUGUCUUUCUCGUUGAAACCACUUUCAUGAGUGUAUUGUGUACGAAUGGUAACGUGAAAUGAACCAUACACUGAAAAUAUGUAUAUAAUUGUUCAUUUUAUAAUUUUGAUAACAAACAUUUCGCAAAUAUUUAUAACUAUAAAGAAAUAAUACAAAAAAAAAACAAUUGACAAAGAAUGAUAUAUAAAACUGUUAGUUGAAUUUGCCUUAAAAAUAUUACCA